CGCCCCCACAAACUCAUAUAUACUGUGGCUCGGCCAUCAGAUACCAAAUACUUUGGCGACCAUUGCGCGACACCAUGUGGUUCCACAUAGUGAUUGCAACGGCGAUCUUGCUGAUGAAUGAAGUCGAGUCCGCACCUCAGCCGACAGCUGACACGCAAUGUGGCCCUAUGGAUGUCGUGUUCCUGUUGGAUAGUUCUCAGGAGAUGAGUCUCGAAGACUUUGAAAAACAACUCGAGUUUGCCAAUGGUAUUGUUGACCGAUUAGAUAUUGGGCCAGGUCCGACACAGACGAGAGUCGGGGUCAUUAGUAUCGGGUAUACAUACCUGCUUCAAUUCUACCUCAGGACACAUACAUCCAAGGAUGAUGUGAAGACGGCUAUAAGCCAGAUCAACCAUCGCUUCUCGUACAAAACCAAUACCGGAUCUUCAAUCCGAUUCAUGACACGGUAUAUGUUCAGACCGUUCUUUGGCGGCCGCCCAGGAGCGACGCGAGUUGCGAUUGUAAUAACUGAUGGACGGUCCAAGGAUGUCAAGAGUUCCAGGUUUGAGGCCCUCCUUGCUAGGAAGAAGGGUAUUAAAAUGUUUGUAAUUGGAGUUGAUGUCCAGAAUGAAUACGAACUCAUCAGUAUUGGUAGUAAACCAAAAGACAACUACGUGUUCAAGGUGGCCAAUUAUGAAGAUCUUCAUUCCGUAAUACCUAAUUUGCCAAGAACCUCUUGUGAAGUGUCUUCAUUGACUACAAGACGCCCAGCACCAACCAAACGAUUCACCUUUGCCCCGCUCAACUUUGACGCGUUCAAAUUUGUGCCAACGAAGGCACGUGCUCCAAUAUCUGUGCCGUCCUCGGUGACAUCUGCGCGGACAACACGGGCGAAGAUUCCAGCUACCUCUGUCUCAACUACUGGUCCACCCACUACAAAGAUACUAACAUCCUCUAAUCCAUCUUCUUCCGAAUCAACGCAAAAAACUACUGGUCCCCAAUCACAAGGUAUGACCACAAAUCCUCCAUCUACACAAGCGCCAACAACUCGUGGUCCCAUUUCAUCUCCUGCGACGACAAAUAUCCCGUCUACACCAGCGCCAACAACUCGUAGUCCCAUUUCAUCCACCACUACCACAAAUAUCCCGUCUACACAAGCGCCAACAACUCAUGGUCCUAUUUCAUCUCCUACGACGACAAAUAUCCCGUCUACACCAGCGCCAACAACUCGUAGUCCCAUUUCAUCCACCACUACUACAGAUAUACCGUCUACACCAGCGCCAACAACUCGUAGUCCCAUUUCAUCCACCACUACCACAUAUAUACCGUCUACACAUGCGCCAACAACCCGUAGUCCCAUUUCAUCCACCACUACCACAUAUAUUCCGUCUACACCAGCACCAACAACUCGUGGUCCCAAUUCAUCUCCUACGACGACAAAUAUCCCAUCUACACCAGCACGAACAACUCAUGGCCCUAUUUCAUCAACCACUACCACAGAUAUUCCGUCUACACCAGUGCCGUCAACCCACGGUCCCAGUUCUUCUUCUUUUGUCACAAAUCCUACAUCUACACCAACGCCAACAACUCAUGGUCCACAUUCACCUACACAAACGCCGACAACCAAUUAUCGGUCGUCAACGCCGCCAUCAUCAUCACCUAGGGCAAUCAUUUCUUCAUACGAAGUCUCGAAUCAACCACCAGAGCUGGUUUCCCCCGACGGUUUAUCUGACAUAUCUUUGUCCAAUGAACCUGUGGAGAUCAACAAUGCUCCUACAAAGCAAGUUUCAGAGACAAAGGGAGCAUACUAUAAGUAUUUUAAGAAACUCUAUAAAGAGAAACGACCUUUACAGAGAAUGUCAACGGGAAAUAAUAUACCCAAUGUUCUCUCAAGCAACAACGGUAAAUGGGCCCCGGCCCCCGGCAACCAGAAGAAUGAACGGCAGUACGACGCCAUGAUGAAAAAAGACAAGCAGAUUUGGUCUAUGAUGAUGGGGCCACCUAAGCCUAUUAAAAGGCCUUUCCGAUUCAACAAGCUAUCUCGUGACAUCGCUAUUGCAGAUGAGCCGAAGCAAUAUUGUGGUGGUAAGAAUGCUGACGUGUUCUUUGCCCUGGACUCCUCUAACAGUAUCUGGCCAGAGGACUUCCGGAAACAGAUUGAAUUUGUCACCGAUCUUGUGGACACGUUUGACUUCAGGAACAACAAGACCAGGGUUGGCAUCAUCAUAUACAGUACCGACAUAUACACGAAAGUGUCACUGCAGUCGGGCUGGACUAAGGAACAGAUCAAACGACAGCUCAACAACACAGAAUAUGUCAGUGGACUAACAAACACCUCAGACGCCAUACGCUUUAUCCGUUCCUAUGGUUUUACUGAAGCAAAUGCAAGAGAAGACGCUAUCAAAAUUGCGAUCAUACUGACUGAUGGUAUUUCACGAGAUCCUUUGGCAACAAAGCGUGAGUCCAUACUCAGCAGAGAAGAUGGUAUAAAGUUGUUCGCUAUAGGAAUUGGUACAGACGUCGAUGAAACAGAACUCAAGCGAAUUGCAAACGACCCAGACGACAAGUAUGUGUUCCACGUCAGUAGCUUUGGUGCACUAGCCUCUAUCAGGAGUAUGGUUGCUGUCAGCGCAUGCGGAGUGGUACCCGAUCAACCUAGCAAUUUGUUUUCCUGCGGCGCCGAUUCCUUAGCUGACGUCAUAUUUGUUUACGACGCUCCUGGCCUUGGUGCCCGCAAGGCGCGCCUAUUGACAUCAUUUGUUCAUGACGUCACUCGUAGUCUCCAGACCAGCUCCGGUAAGCUGAGGAUUGGUCGCAGGUCUGACAGCUGUCCUUCCAAUAGCAACAUCGACUUGACAACUGAUAUCAACCUGCAAGCAUUCAGCAACAUCAUGUUUCCUGGGAUUGAGACGCUACUUGGACAACUUAGAAUGGCGUUUCCGAAUAGAUUAGACGCCAAAAAUUUAGCGAUAGUAUUUGUAGACGAAAGUACGCAAAACAUCGAGUUGGCAACUAGAGUUCUGAAGGGGGACCUCAAUUUCCACGUAAUGGUAAUUGCUAUUGGCGACAUGUCUUUAGCCAGAGUUGCAAGUGACCUUGCCUCUCUUCCAUACAACGACUACCUGAUGAACAUACCAUCGUAUAUGUCUCUUGGGGAAUAUCGAUACGAAUUCCUCAAGAAACUCUGCUAUCUCAUCACAAACGAACCAAUAUAUUUACGAGAUACCAGAGUAAGACAAACUCGUGAUCUCUGAGAGACUUCAAUAGAGCUGAGAUCUGUUUGUCGACACUUAUUCACGAAGUGCAACUGGUAAUGCAAAUUUAAGCAAGUUUUAAAAAUAUAGUUUGUUAAUAUAAAACAUUUACUGUUUUAGCAAUGUUAGGGAAUGUAUAUUUAUGUUUUGGAACACUUUUGGUCGGUCGGUGUUUUGGCGGAUGAUCGUUUCAACCAAGCUUCACGAAGACUUGAGGAUGCCAUUAUUGUUGUUUGCAUCAGUUAUCAGGAAAACGGAUGUGAAAACGCACGUACCUGUGGUAUGUAAAAUAAGCAGACUAUUUCAUCCCAAAAUAAUUGGCACUGGAACUGGAGAUGAUGGUAAAUAUCGAGCGGAAUGAUUCCGUUUUUUCACUGAACCGUUCCAGAAACUGUUUGGGAAACCCAAGUUUGUCAUAGACACUGCUGAAACUGUUUUGUAUAUGCGUGGAGUUUAAACGAGAGUGGACGUAUGGAAAAGAACGUGUAAAAAGGGAGAGAAUCAAGUUAAUUUUCAUUGUAAGAAUACAGCUGCAUUUAAAUAAAUGAUUGUAUACUUUGUUAUAUUUGUUUUUACAACAAAACAUAAUAAAAUGAAAUACAUAAUUCUU